UAAUUGGACACCGUUCAACGCGUAUCCCACGCGUAGUCCUAUUGCACUUCUAAAUUUAUCAAUAAUCCAAAUUUAUCGCGCUCGCGAUAAAUGUUCAAGCAAAAUGUCUUUGUCAAUUAUUUCGCAAACUCACUCUGAAAUUAAUAAAUCAUCAUAAAUCAUUUGAAAAUCUGGCUAGACUCAGUAGCAUUCAGUAGAUAAACAUAUCAGUCUCGUGAUAAUGUAGAACUCUGAUAAGCGAAGUUAAAUUAUAAAAUCGAGCAAGUAGCAGCAUUGUCAUAGGAACCAGUGUUGAGAUAUAUCGCAACGCUGAUAGGAACCGUAUUGCAUUUUUAAAAUGGGGGCUGAUCCCAAGUGCACGAUUUUAGUAACCGGUUUUGGCCCGUUUAAACAACAUGUGGUAAAUGCCAGUUGGGAAGCGGUGAAGGAAUUGCAGAAAUUGUGGGCAGACUCCAAAGAUGUUUUUAAUAUUAAAUUGAUCAUAGAAGAAAUUCCAGUCUCAUAUAGUGACGUGUCCACUCACGUUCCUCAACUCUGGAAGAAACACAACCCUACAAUUGUCCUACAUGUGGGUGUGUCACACAAAGCUGAAUCUUUAACAAUAGAGUGUCAUGCUCAUAGCAAUGGCUACAAGAGGCUUGACGUAUGUGAAAAAUGUCCUGAUGAAACACAUAUUGAGUUGAAUGUCUUGAAAACCAGAAUAGAUAUCAAAGAACUGUGUAAUAAUGUGAAUAAGAAUUCUGAAAAAAGUGGAUGUAAAGCUUGUUUGUCUAACGAUGCUGGUAGAUACUUGUGUGAAUAUAUAUUUUAUCAAUCUCUUUCUAUUGAUCCGACAAAAACUUUAUUUGUACAUGUCCCGGAUUUUAAUAAGUACUCCAGUAUACAAACUGCCAAAGGCUUAUAUGAUAUUUUAUGUUAUUUAAUAAAAAGUUCAAAAUGUAGCUAAUUGUUUCUAAACUUUAGUUUCUAUGAAUUAUAUUUUAGACUAAUAAGCUAUCAGUGAUUAAUAUUAUAGGAAAAAAUAUUAGAAUUUUAUAAA